UGAGUGGCAGCCUCGAGUCCCGCCCCCGGACAGAUCUUGUCCUCGGUGUGUAUGAAACCCUGUCAGACAUUGCGAUAAAGCGGCCGACCCCCAGCAUGGAGCUGGCGUCCAUCAAGACGGCUUCCCAGAGCAGAGAGGCGGUAAGUUCUCUCCCAUGAUGCCCAGCGAGCCUGUGAUUUGCCACAGGGUAGGGGCGGGUUACCCGAGCACUGUCAAUAUUACCGCCCCUCCCCCCCGUAUUGGUUAUAGUAUCGGUUUAUCGGUUACCGUGUACAGUAUCGUAUGAUUGGAGCCGGUUUGUGGCACACUGUGAGCGCCGUUGGCUUUGGUUGCUAUGGAGACGGUCCAUGCGUUCCAACUGCUUGCGUUCCAACUGCUUCCGGGUCCGUGCAGUGCGCAUGCUCAGUGUGAGAACUGGGACAUGGUCUAACUAUCAUUGAUGAUUAUUAUUAAACCCCUUAAGGACACGUGUCAUGAUUCCUUUUUAUUACAGAAGUUUGGUCCUUAAGGGGUUAAUAUUAGGGGUAUAUGUAAGAAUUUCAAGAAACAGGAAAAAACUGCAGCAACAUGUAGGUAUAUGUGUAAGAAUAUGUCUGUAGUCACAUAUUUUACUGUAAUACUUAAGGUACUGGAUGUUGAAAUUUGGCACUUUAAAUAUCACCGUUUUGACCUGAACAAUAUUAGGGUUAUUCAUUAUACCUAAAAAAAAAAAAAAAACUACACCCUUUGCAUAUAACCUUAAAGCGACACUAUAGGCACAUUUGGUCCGGCAAAUGAUGCUGGACACUGCGUCAGUUAUUUCCCCAUAGGAAAAUUAAUUUUUAAAAUAAAUUAUGAAUUCAAUGCUUUCCUAUGGGGAGGGCCUAAUGUGCGAGAAGCACAGAACGCUUUUAAGCAACUAAAGUGUUUAGAGAUCUGGAGUAGGGGGUAACCACUUAAGUAAGUUGAAGUGGUUGUGGUGCCUUCUGUCUGUAUGUGUGUCAUGUUGCUAUGUAUGCUUCACAUACUGAGUUAAACUCCACUUCUAGCAGUGUCAUUGGGGUGUCAUCAGUCAGCCGAGAACUAAAGUUCUGAGAGUGGUCAGCUGUCAUAUGGCUGCGGUUUACAACUUUGGUAGCACAUCACUUGACACCUUGGAGCAUUGAAGCUGGUGGGCACCCAGUUAUGGGGACAAGCUAUUACUAAGCGACUUGCUCCAUUACUAGGGAACCGGGCCAGGAUACCAUGGCAUCAUAACCACUACACUAGGCUGUAAUGUUUAUGAUGAUUGGAGUCAUGGCUGAUCCUAGGGUACUCAAUGCUUUCCUAUGGAUGUCCAGCGUGUCCUCAAUGCGAUUUUCUCUGAAACUGCUAUGUUUACAUCUGAAGGGUUAAAACCUGGGGGACCUGGCAACUAGACAGCUUCAUUGAGCUGAAGUGGUCUGGGUGCCUAUAGUGGACCUUUAAUAACUUCAAGUUCAUUAUCUCUGCUUCUGUAUUCUGGUUAUGUAUAUACAUUUCUGUUUGUGACCAUUGCCUGUUAUAUUAUCUUAUGUAGAUCAUUACCAUUUUCAUUUAUUAAUUGCCAUAAUAUUUUUCAAAAUUAAAAAAAACAUUUUAAAGAAUAAGUUGGUGCCAUAAAUUUAAAGAUGUCAGUCCCAACUGCUGAUAGGAACAUGCAUCUUAUUGCACAUUCACGAGAAGAUCUUAGGAGUACAAUGAUGAUGAUUUAAAUCCCUGGCAGAUGAUGCUGCCACGAAUUGAAUGCAAAGUGGCAACAAGAAAGGACAGAGUUAGGUACCGGUACUACUCCUUCCCUGGCUAUGCCUUGCAAGUAAACAUGUCGAUUUUAAACGGGGUCAUCAGAUGGACUACCAGUAGCCCAAUCUUACAUACAUGAUUUAGUCUUUGCUGUGACGUUUGUUCACUAAACAUUGAAUUGUGGAGAUGAAACUGAAAGCAAUAUUUAUCCCAGAAAGCUGCUGGUAAACCUUGUUUAUUUUAGUACAGUUUUUUGCCAUUGGAUUUCCACUUAGCAUAAUCACAGUUUAGUACGUGAUGAUCAUAAUGGUAAUAAUACAUUUAGUCACAGCUCGGCUAUUUUAGUCUAAAUGAUGCUAUGUAGUUUAAACUUUACUACAAUUACUUGUUUAAUGAGUAAAUUCUAAAGCAUCUGACUAGUAUUUUGGUGGAUUCUGACCUUAGACUCUAUUAUAGAUGUUAAAGUAGGUGUAUUACUAUUGAAAUUCAAUCCAGACAGCCUUGUGAAUGUUACUUACUAAAAGUAUUACCGACACGAGACCUUAGGGCAUUAAGAUAUUAAGUCUUUGUCUUCACUGCUCAUAGUGAGACUACGUAUAGAUUGUGCUUCAGCUUUGUGUGGGGUCAGAUAAUUGCUGUUCAGGGAAGCCUGACUAUACAAACAUAGCAACAGCAUGUCUGGUAGCCUUUCAUUAGGAAAGUCUCUCUCUCUCUCUCUCUCUCUCUCUCUCUCUCUCUGUUCAUCAUUUCCGACCUUGUUUCACUCUUAACUAGGAUCUCUAGAUUGCCCCUGAAUUGCCAGUUGUAAGCCAGAAUAGCAGAACUGAUUCUCCAAGUCUCCUGUUUUUCCAGAUGAAUUCCCCCCUGUUCACUGUUUAAUAGAUGACCAUCUAUAUUGAAGACCUGUGCCUUUACCCUCUGAGUGCCACAGGUGUACAAGGCAAUUUGUUGGGCACACCGCUGGCACUCAAAAUGUUAAACUGCAGCAAAUGUGCUUUAUAAUUUUGUUUUAAAAGCAAUGCGAUCAGAAUGGUCUGUACAAAAUAUCAUGUGACAUUUCUCCAUCACUGUAAUUCAAUGUAUAAAUGCAACAUCAUUACGGUGCUAUUAAUAAUGCCAGUUUAGGGAUAUCCGGUUCGUAAGAUUGGAGGAUUAAUGUAUAUUACAUUUUGGGAUACAUAUCCUCAAGAUAUUGUGAACCUUGACUCCCAUCAAUCCCAGAUAGGUUUAUUACUUACAACACAGGCAGUAAUAAAGCCUGGUUGUAGUUUAAUCCUUUAAGUGCAGCACAUGUGAGAUAUAAGGUUCUUCUUGUUUUUUGAAUGUAUAUAAGUUAAUUUCUUCCAAUACACUGUUUUGAUAAUAAAAUAGGGGCUGCAAGUGUUUUAGAUAUGAUCGGACCCCAAACGGUCUCGAGAUUACCCCCUACAAAAAAAAAGGAGCAAAAGAGUAUCACUUUCCCUGCAGCCUUAUGCUUAAAGUUCCACUAUAGGCACCCAGACCAUUUCAGCUCAAUGAAGUGGUUUGGGUGCCAGAUCCCUCUAGUUUUAACCCUGCAGCUGAAAACAUAGUUUCAGAGAAACUGCUAUGUUUACACAGGGAGGGCAGGGGGGAUCAAUCCAGCCUCUAGUGGCUGUCUCACUAACAGCCGCUAGAGCCGCUUCCGCGAUUCUCACUGUGAAAAUCACAGUGAGAAGACGCUGGAUGUCCAUAGGAAAGCAUUGAGUAAUGCAUUCCUAUGGGCGGUUUGAAUGCGCGUGUGGCUCUUGACGCGCAUGCACAUUCCGAUCUGCCGUCGGCAGGGGGUGGAGAAUUCCCCAGUACAGUGGGAUCCCUGGUGCUGGAGAAAGGUAAGUGGCUGAAGGGUUUUUAACCUAUUCAGCCCGGCGGGUGGGGGUCCUGAGGGUGGGGGGGACCUAAAGUUUGUUUUCCUGGCACUAUAGUGCUCCUUUAAGCAUGCAUGGGAGAUGCAUAAGGCUAUCCUAACUAUAAGAUAAGGCCAGGGACUAAUGAAAGUAUUUGGAAAAUUGGGCAAACUAGAUGGGCUGAAUGGUUCUUAUUUGCCGUCACAUUCUGUUUCUGUUAUCCGAGUAAUGUGCAGCAAGUGGAGGACAUCCACAAUAUUUUUUUUUUUCCACCUGUUAACCAAAGGGUGCUAGUGGAAAAACCCUACCAAUUCCCUUAAACCAAUUGCAGUGGGGUUAGGGUAAAAAACACAGAACAUGUAGCUACUCUUUUUCCCUGCUUUGUAGUGUUUGAGAUAUGGAUUUAUCUAAUAAAUGUGGAUGUCCAUUGGUUUACUCAUACCAGAAGGGAGGGAACAAUAUGCUCUCUGCUAUUCCUUCUGCCUAUAUGCAACAUGUGAUCAGUUAAUGGAAAAAGUGGAUUCCCUCAACAGAUUGAUGAAUCCUCUAGUCAACUGUAUGUAAUUAUAGUUUGUGUUUUUAUUUUUUCCGUUUAUUUAUUUUUAUAUACACUGCACCCACUCAUACCUGGAUGUAAAAAAAUUCAGUAAUAUUUAUUUUUGUAAUAGGGCAGAAAUUAGUUCACAUUAAUUUAGGAGAUUUACAAACAUACCAGGCAAACGUUAUAAAUCUUUAUCUAUCAUUUAAUAACGCACCCAUGUAAUAUACCCCACUAUCUCUGAAUAUUUAUUUCUCUUGAUGUAUUCAUGUUGUAAAUAUCGUGAACUUCUGCAAAAUGAAAAAAUAAUAAUUGACCAGAAUUUUGUUUUCCAGCAAAUUUAUCUAUCUACAAAUAUGACGUAUAGCAAUUUACCCCUAAUUUACUGAGUCACAAAACUGCAGUAACGGGAUGCUAUUAACCCCAAAACUGCCAUGUUUAAAUGUAGUGGUUCUGGGGCAUAUAUGCCUUUAUUAUUAUUAUUUUUUUUAUUAAAAAGGGUGCCAAGUAAUUUACACCAAAAUAUGAACUCUUUAAUAUUAAAAUAUAAAAUUAUAUAAAUAUAUUUAUUUUCAGCAUUGUGUGUUCCUUUAAAUAAACUUUCUUAGUAAUGCCACAAGUGUCUAACCUUUAAAAAAAAAAAAAAUGUUUACCACCUACAUCCAUUUAAAAAUGGCAGGAGGUAUGAAAUGUACUGAAACAGCGUAAGUUUAUCAUUAAAUAACAUUCUCACUUUAAACCUAUUUGGAAGUAAUUUUCUUAAUUACUUUAAAAUUUCUACUUAGAGUGAAAUUAAGUGCUCUUAUCUACUCGUGCUGGUGAAUGGAAUCAUUUAAUUAAGUUAAUCACAUUAAUAAAUGUUGUUCAGUUAUUGAAGUACUUAGAUUUAAUUGCUUUUGGAAUUAGAUUUUAAUUUUUUUUUGCAUUUUUUUAGUGUUUACUAAUUAUUUUUAGAUGGCGUGGAGUGUUUUUUUUUUUUUUUUUAAUUACUUAAUUUCCAUUCAUUAGCUUUUAUACAGUUUAUCUUUCUUAAAAUUCAAUGUUUUUACAUUUAUUUAGUAAUACUUCUUGCACUUGCACACUCCUAGUCAAUUAAACACUGUCCCUGCCAUGUAACUAAAAAAUAAAUAUUUGCAAAUUACAUAAAUGUUAAGCAAACCUACUGAAACAACAUUGAUUUUCACAAAAAUCACACUCUCAAUUAAUCCUACUAUUUACAUAUUAAUUGGUUUUCUUCAAUUUCAACGUAUAUCAUCAAAAUGCCAGCUAACAGCACCUUAUCACGGAAAUUUAAAGCCUUAAAGUAAUAUGCUUUUUUUUUUUUCUUUUAUUAAGGUUCUGGAAUCCGUGAAACUUCUCUCGGGACUUUUUGCUGUCAGAUCGCUCUGAUUGAUUGGCUUAAUAUCCAACUGAUCAAAGUGCUGUUACUUAUAUUGAAUAGUGUAGGAACUUUUUCCUCGCAAAGUAAUAACUGACAGCUUGGGAAAGCCUCUGUAGGAGCUUUCGGCAAUGGUUUCAAUAAUUUUUUAUUUUUUUUAAACGGUAGUUUGUGAAUCUUCUGAAUCCUAUAUAUUGUACACCAAAUGCAUCCAGGCAAUUGUUAUGGAUUUGCUUUGGCUGUCUAAAUUUGCAGUUGAAAUUUGGUCAAUUUCACUAUCCGGACAAAAAGUAUGAGAAAACCAAUAGUAUCCGUGAUGGUAUGUGAAUUUCUAUAGCUGGGGUCGUCCAGGUUCUUAGUGUUACCAGAGAGGCUAAAGAAACCGCAAUGGGUAGAAUCCUAUAGCAAAUAAUUUCAUUCCAAGCAGACCUUUCACAUUGAAUGUAAUCUAUGACAUGGCUCAUAGUAUUUUCUAAUGAAUAUCUGCAGGUGGUUUUGUUAUAGUCAAUUGAUACAUUGUGACAUAAAGUUCACAUAAUACAUAGAAACGAGUGAUACAAUACAAACAAAUGUUUACCUGCUGUAUAGUUUACAUGUUGCAUAGUGAUGCUGAAGAUCAACAAACAGUGACAACUUUAAAUUGUGUAGUUAAAGGAACACUAUAGGGUCAGGAACACAAAUAUGUAUUCCUGAACCCAUAGUUCAAAACCCACCAUUUAGGUGCCUUGCCCUCCCCCCCACCCAUUAGCCCCCUUAAAAAUUAAUAAAACUCACCUUAUUUCCAGCGCCGUGUGGGUUCACUGGCCCUGCCCCUUUGGUGACAUCAUCAGAAUUGCCAAUUUUUAGCCAAUCCAAUGCUUUACCAUGGGAGGAAAGACAAGAAGGGGGGAUGUGAUAGAAGCAUUUUAAAUACAUAAAGGGAAUCAACACGGUACAGGAGGAGACUAUUUUAAAGAAGAAAAACUACCCCAACAAGAGGACAUAGUCUUACAUUAGAGGGGCAAAGGUUUAAAAAUAUCAGGAAGUAUUAUUUUACUGAGAGGGUAGUGGAUGCAUGAAAUAGCCUUCCAGCUGAAGUGGUAGAGGUUAACACAGUAAAGGAGUUUAAGCAUGUGUGGGAAAGGCAUAAGGAUAUCUUAAAUAUAAGAUAAGGCCAGGGACUAAUGAAAGUAUUUAGAAAAUUGGGCAGACUAGAUGGGCCGAAUGGUUCUUAUCUGCCGUCACAUUCUUUGUUUCUAUGUUUGUAUUGAGGUCCUGGAGGAGUCCUGUUUUAUCUACAGAUUUGCAGUGAAUAGGGGUAAUUUUUACUAUAAUUAUAUUUCCUCACUAUGUUAUUUUCCACAACCAUUGUAUGUUUCUGUUGCAUUUUAUCCACUGUAUAAUAAAACACUAAAAACCACUGAGAAAAUGUGCAGUGAAGUUUGACCGGGCUGAGGCUUCAUCCCGAUUUGGCGCAGUGGUCCAGGCUGCUGUGGCUAAGUGCCGAUCGUGGAAAACAUUUUGUUCCUGGUUUAGGAAAAGGGGGCUCCCCAUGACUCUCGGUGAGCGAUUAUUGGUUGUCCUCCUCCCUUCAAAAAAGCACUCCCAUGGCUAUUCAAAUAAGGGUGCAGAGGCGGCAGAUAGUUUCUCCUACAUUAGUUGUAAUUGAUUGCUUAGCACUGUGAGGAUAGGGGAAUGAGUAUCUUUUUUGGGGAUUGAUGCAUUUGGAGUUCUGCACCAGUUAAUCUGUUAGUCUGGCGCAGGCUCCGCCACACAUACUACUAUUAUUUUUCAAAUUUUUUCCAAUACUGUAUUACACGAUGUACCAUUUAUAAUUUCUUUUCAAUGCCAUUUUUCACUCAAGUGCAAUAUUGGACUCUUAUUUUUCCAGGUUGUUAUAAUUUUUUUUUAUUAUAAAGGUGUAUUGUGGUUUCCCACAUUUUUUACUUUUUCUGUAUUUAUAUUGGUUUUGCCAGGUACACCUGGGACACCACCUUUUUCACGUAUUACAAUGACUUUUCACAUACUAGUGUUUAUUUAUUGUUUUGUUUUUGUUCACACUCUGCCCAGACUUUCUGUGGCUGUCCGUUCAGACUUCCCAGUGCAGCUCAAUGAGAAGUCUUUGCAAGGCAGGAGCUCUGGGCAAUUGCUGCCUCUCAAGUUUAGCCCCACUGAGCUAACCAAACCAGGAAGUAACAAGACUGGGUUUGUGCUUGAAAGCAAGGAAGGUGUAAGCAGGUUAAUUCCAAAUUGUCAAUUUCUAAUGAAAUCUGCACUUUUGUAAAAAAAAAAAAAAAAAAGAAAUUGGGACACACUCUUCAAACGUAAAGCUUUUCAGCAAUCUUUAGCUGUCUAGAAUGUCUCUUUAAUAAGUCAAAAAUUACAAUUAUUUCAAUCAUAAUAUUGAAUUGAAAAUAGACUUUUUUUUUUUUGUUUUUUUGUUGCAUAGGAGGAGUUACGAACGGAAGCUAGACGCAAAAACCUCUUGAUUCUUAUCAUGCAUUACUUAAUGCAAGAAGGGUAUGUAUUAUCCUCUUAUGUAUUUUAAAUGUUCCUUGUACUUUGCUUAGGAAUGUGUUGGCAAUAUAACUUUGCUUACUUUAACUUUUAAAUGAAACACGUUUUCUUUCAUUUUGAAGUAAGUUGUUUAAAGGCUUUACAAUAUAAUCCAAUAAAUUAACACACAAAUUGUAAAAUAAUAAUGGUGAAGGAAUAAUUUAUCUCCAGAAUAUUAAAUAUCAUAUAUGAAAAUAAAUAAUAUGUUCAUAUGAUAUUUUAAUUUGAUUUUCACGCUGUUCUUAAAUCUCCAGGUAUGUGGAUUCUGCGAAUACGCUGGAAAAUGAAACAAAAUUAGGCUUGAGGCGGUUUGAAGUUUGUGAUAACAUUGAUCUGGAAACUAUUUUGAUGGAAUAUGAAAGCUAUUAUUAUGUCAAAUUUCAGAAAUACCCUAAAAUCACAAAGAGAAUGUCUGAUCAAGGUAUGUUGCUUAGACACCAAUAUAGGAACUUAACCAGGAAUGACAACAGCCGAAUAUAUGGGGCUUCCGUAACUGCAGAUAUAAAGACUUAGAGAAACAAUUCCCAGGACCCAGUAUAAAUUAAUUAAAGCAAUACUUCAAGCACCAUAACCACUAUAUGCCCAGGGCACUCUUGGCACCAUAAACACUUCAGUUGGCUGUUCCUUUAAUUUGCCUUUUGUGGUGUAUUCCAGAAAUGUUUAUUUGCUGGUGCCACAAACCGUUUUCCAGUUUGUUCUCUAAACUAGGUAUUGUAGUGGAUUGACAAUAAAAUGCCAAUUAAAAUCAAAUAGCUGUUUUAGGGCCAAAUUUUAAAAUCACUUAUUCCUCCACAAUUCAGGUUUAGUAGAGUUACUUUUCUUGCAGUUGUCUGCAAAUGUCCUAGCACAUUUAAGGGACACCUGUUGUGUUUGGCACAUGUAUUCCCUCCCCCCUCUUUUUUUAUAAUCUUCAUCUAUACAUUGUGCUAGCAACUAUAUCAUCUAGAUAAGGAGAAUCAAAUGUAUUUAAAAAUGAAAUUCAACAUGGCAUCUGAGAAGAUAUAUAAGCAAAGUGAGCUGAAAUUCUAUAUUGAUACAAUAUAAAUACAUUGUAGUCUACAUUAGUGUAGCUUGAACAGUGCUAAAUAGAUAUCAUCUGCUUUCUGAAUACAAUAGUAAUACAUUCUCAAAUUACUGCACCCGUACGUCAUUCUACCGUCUAACCUCCAAUAUGUAAGUAUACCCGUUACUGUUACAUAAAAUGAAUACAGGUAUCAAAACAAUUAAUUAUAAAUACAUAUACUGUAGCUCAAAGUUUGUUAUUGACACUAUACAAGCAAGUACGUUUGAUUUUGAAAUACAUAUUUAAUAUUUGGCUUCUCAAUUAUGUUUCUCUCUUUUGUUUUUAAUUAGAUGGCAGAGUUGGAUCUACACCGCAAAGUGGAGGAAAACUGAGAAGGUAACUGCACUCUUCGAAAACAAGUAAACUUUUUUUUUUUGGUUUAAUUUUUCAUGCUGUGUUCUGAUUUAAACCUCAAAAUAGCAUUCCCUUUAAAUGAACAUGUCAGCCUGCUAAAUAAUCACCAGCUCUACUUUAAGAGGACAGAAAAGGCACAAGACCACUCGCCGUCAAUGUCCCUGUUUUGGUGUAUAUAAAAAUGUUUGACAUCUAAUUCUUUUGUCUCAUAGAACAGUCAGCAAUUCUUCCUAUGGUCUUCCACGUAUCGGCCAACAUCACACGACACAAAGACCUGUGUCCAGGUACAACUCUAGGACAACAGAGACUAUUAAACCACAAAACAGAGAGAAUGCUAAACAGGUAACUUUUACCUAAAGUGAAAAUGCUUACGGUUUUACAUAAUUUUGUAUAACUGGUCUCUGUAGCCCAUCAUAAGGUCCAGUUCAUGGAAUUCCAAUCUCUUGUGUUUUAGCUCAUCAGAGACUGAAGUUCUUGAUUGCAGAUGGCAUGGUGAAAAGUUAUAGGGAUUAUAAUGUAUGAUGUGCUGUAGAAUUCUAAAGAAUAUCAUGGAUGCUAAAUGUAUGAUGGAAAUAGUUAUAGGCAACACAUUAAUCUGAUUUUGGAUAGGCUAUAGUAUGGAGGGGAAUAACCUUAAUUUUGAGAUGAUGUCAGAGGAAAGAAUGUGUAUGGUUAUGUUUAAUAUAAUAAUGUCUUAAAGGACCACUGUAGGCACCCAGACCACUUCAGCUUAAUGAAGUGGUCUGGGUGCCAGGUCCAGAUAGGAUUAACCCUUUUUUUUAAUUUUUUAUAUAUAUACAUAGCAGUGUCAGAGAAACUGCUAUGUUUACACUGAGGGUUAAUCCAGCCUCUAAAGCCUCUAGUGGCUGUCUCAUUGAAAGUCACAGUGAGAAGAUGCCAGCGUCCAUAGGAAAGCAUUAUGAAUGCUUUCUUAUGAGAUUGGCUGAAUGCGCGGCUCCUGCCGCGCAUGCGCAUUCAGCCGAUGACGUCGCUAGGAAGAAGGAGAGGAGGAGGAGGAAAGCUCCUCACCCGGCGCUGGAGAAAGGUACGAUUUUAACCCCUUCCUCUCCCCACAGCCCGGCGGGAGGGGGACCCUGAGGAUGGGGGCCCUGUGAAGGCUAGGUGAAGCAUUGCUUUAAGGUAACUACCCUUUUAAGACAUUCAUAUCCAGGUGUAAUAGAGCAUCCACUGUUUUCUGGACAGUAAGACCUCCAGUUAAUAUUGUUGGCUAAGCUAUCCAAAUGAUUUAAUAUUUUUGGAUAAACUUAUUAAAAAAAAAAAAAAAAAAAAAAUUUCCAACAUAUUAAAUAUAAAAAAAAUGUAAAUAUUAUAAAAUUCAUAAUAUUAAAUCAUUUUAAAACUUUAUCCAAAAAUAUUAAAUCCUUUUGUAAAACUUAUCUAGCAAUAUUAAAUCCAGGUCUUAAUGUCUACCCAUAGAGCUCUACCAUAAAUGUAAUUGCACAUCUUACAGAUCCAUUCGAUAAGGAUUUUUUAUUUAUCCAGUGCUGUAGAAACAAUACAUGCUUUCAUAUUCUGUUUUAAUGGGGUGUUAUUUUAGCUAAAUAUAUUUAUUUGAAUACACCCAGUGAUUAACCAGCAAUGGAUCUGAUAAAAUGCCAACUGGAAAACCAUCAAAUAUAUUUCCAAUCUAAAUAUUUAAUCUCAUCCGCAUUACUUUAUGACAGUCAACAACGAUUAACUUCACUUGGUGGUACAUUUUAAUUAUGCAGCCUAUGCAUUCAUACAGGUUAGAUAUAAUGUGUCAUCUAGUAGCCUGUUAACAAUUAGGAGACUAAUACUGUGGAACUCCAUUCCGUAGAGUAGAAUGGAUACUCUGGAGUAACGUUUGGUAGCUUUUGAAGAGGUAAUUUAGAGUUACAUUCCGUAGUGCAGGAUAGAUGCGCUGGAGUUACGUUCAGUACAAUAGAAUGGCUGCCUUGAAGUUGCUUUCACUACAGUAGAGUGAUUGGCCUUGGAUUACAUUUAGUGCAGCAGAAUGAUAACAUACAUAAAGCUAAUUGUAGUGGCAGAGUACUUUCUCCUUUUCCCAAUGAAUCACACCUGCUGUUUCUAAAGCCGUUCACCAAUAACCAGAGAAAGUGAUUAGGGUUGUUCUGACGGUUCAAUCUACUAUUGAAAGCCAUUUGUUUUAUGUAAGUAUAUAAAUAGGAUGACAUGGAUGUACUCUGCAGAACGUUGGAGAAAGAACCGAGUUACUAGAAUUAAUAUGGGUAGAAGUAUCAGUGGGUUAAAUCAAUUAGCACAAUCAUAAUGUAAUCACUGUAAAUAAUGUAAAUAAUCACUCCUGUUCCAAUAAUUUAUUUCACCCAUUAAUAUUUGUUUCGAUAAAUUCUUUAUUUUACAGGCCAAUGGCAGCCAUAGCCCUGCAGAGAUCUCUGAAUAUGGUCUAAAUGUUUCAGCAGUAAACAAAAAUGGAGGAACAGAAGGUAGUCAUCCUCGAAGGGUCAGUGAUACUUAGGAAACUUUGGUUUCUCACCAAAUGGUAUCUCACCAGCGGUUAUGAAUGUCAAUUCCCAUGGUCUCACCCAACUUGUACCUACACUGUCUUCACUUGGCAUUGUGAGAGAUGUCAGGUGGAGAAUUAGAUGAUUGCAGAGCAUAUACUGCUUGCUAUUUGCUAUUCUAGUAAUUAAAGGGACACUGUAGUCACUAUAACCACUUUGUCUCUUUGAAUUGGUUAUAGUGCCUGGAGUGCCCUGGCACUGUCCCUCCAUUCAGUGUUGCACCAUGUUUUGUGCAGUAUGCUACAAAAUAAGAGUCCCUGGCCACCCACAGUCCGGCCCCUUCUGUAUGUGUAGCUAAGGCAGAGAUUACACACUUCCUUGUUGUCCUACCCAUUCAUACCGUCAGUUGGAACUCUGCCAGGUUAAAAGCAGUCAGCUGACACUCUCAGCCAAUCACUGCUGCCAAUUGCCUCUCAGGGUAAUACUUCCUUAUUAGCCAAAGCAGCACAGAGGGCAUGGACUGCCGUGGUCUCUUGUUUAGCAUUAAAAACUGUUUAAUGCUGAAAGAAAUGAUGGCACCAGGGGACUCCAUACACUAUAACCAGUUUUAUGAAGCAGAUACAGUGCCUACGGUGUCCCUUUAAACAUAUGCACUGUAGUACAUAAGUCUUUCUGGAGGUCAUGUAUAUUGAAAUACAAUACAAUCAUUGGCUUUUGUUAUAUAGUAGGUUUUUGACAUUGCAGUGUUCGUACCUGCCUACAGGUCAUGAUGGGUGUCUCUGGGACCUCCAUGUUUAAAACUGAAAUCCAAUUGUGGGUUCCCACUGCUUAGAUAGUGUUCUUAGGAUCCCCAGCUCUUUUUGACUUUAGGGUUAUCUAUGGUCUUAUUGGCUACUGUACAGCACAUGGGACCACUGACACGUGCCCUUUAGUGCUGAUCUCACAUUUGCUGUUUAGCAUGAUGUAGAUUUUGCCUGUGUGAGGAAUCCAUACAUCCUGCUUGUCAACUUUUACAUUGGGUUCUGGCCCUCCCAUUGUUCUCUGCUUGGCAUUAGUUUGUGGGACAUGUAGUACAGCAAUCAGCAGCAGUUACAUUCAUAAAUGAGAGCACACUAUGUGAACUAUGCAUUCUCAGUCCAUAAAACAGUGGUAAUAUAGAUAAUCUAUUUGCGUUAUAAGUGAUAGAGAGAAGAUAAGUAGGAGUGGGAGAGCUUCAUGCACCAUACAUUAUGGAAUAAACAUAGGUACUUAUUAUGUAUUAGUGUGUGAUAAUUCCCUUACAAAGAGGAACUGCGUGUGAUUUUUUUUUUCUCUAUAUUUUUAAUGUGUUGCAGUUACACCUGCAUUUAUUGGGCUAUACAUCAGUACUACAAAUUAUUGAUGGUUAUUUAAAAAAUUCUUCUAGUCUUACUUUAGUUGUGUUUAUUUUCUGCUGCCUGUAGUUCCCUUUAUGGUUAAUUUUUGUUUGCUUUUCCUUCUCUAUCCCUGCUCUCCGUUUGUGUGCUCCCCGUUGUGGUUUGAGCUGUCUUAUUUUCCACACUUGUGGGGCCACUAAUAGAAAAAAACGUACAUUGAAGUUACCUCAAAAUCUUGGGCCCAUAUGCUUCUAAAGUGUUCUCCACUAGGGGAACCCAAUUGGAGGGUGGACAGUCCCAAAAUGAUUUCUGUAUGGUAAAUUUCUUUAAAACGCCAUUCCUGGAAUUUGUAGCUUAAUUCCCACUGCCCCCUUAUUGAGUCCGUUCUGCAAAUGCCACUUUGUUUCGACAGAGUUCACCUAAUGAUCCCUAACCUGUCCUGUGGCUGUUAUAAACAAUUCUUCUGCAGAAUGUGAUUUUUAAAGUUAUUCAAUCAUUUCUUUAUAUUCAUCUUACUUUUAGGGCCAAAUAAUAGAUUUUCGUGGUAUGAUUCAAGAUGCAAUCAAAGGAGCGUCAAAUGAAAUAGCUUUGAAUAGUCUAAAUUCUAAUCCCGAUCCAUCGGUAAGUUGGAGAAUGCACAUGAUUUACAAUUACUACCAAAUCCCAUCCCUUGAAUUGGAUAGCAUUUUAAUUUAAAUAUGUGAUACUUUUCCCAAGAACCUCAAUAUUUUUAUUGGUUGUUUAAUUCUUCUUAUAUUGCUUCCAGGAACGUUUAAUUAAACCAGUGAGUGCAUUCAUCGGAGCAAACAGCGAGAUGCGGGAACUGGCUGCCGUCAUAAGUCGAGUAUGAUCCUCCAUUUUAUUCAAACCAAAUUAGAAACCUAUUUGAACUCUUACAUUGGAUAAGUCAGCUUGGAUGAGAGGAUUUUUAUUGUCCUUAUUUGUAAUUCAGUUUUAUACUUUUCAGCUUCUCAAUCAUAGAGUGUAGCACUUUCUUAUUUUUGAUACAUAUUACAAUAAAUAUAUGUAACCCUUCCAUGCUAUGAAGGUGUCUUUUUUAAUUUUAUUUUUUCCAGAUUCUUUUGUUUUAACUUGCAAAGCACCAUGGAAGUUGUAGUUCAGCUGGAGGUCAUCCGUAAACUUGUAUAUCAUAUAAAAUGCAAGAGUAAUUGAGUUAUAAUAGUAAAGUGGACCUGGCCUCACAUAUUGCAGGUAUAGAUCUGUACAUUGUGCUGACAAACUCACAAGUAAAUGUUUAGAUUCAAAAAUAUACUUGCCUGAAUGUUCCCUUCAAUCUUGGCAUGAAUGUGACCAUGAAGGCUAAAAAACAAAACAAAAUUCUAAAAUUGAUAUAAAAUAGAGAGAAUUGGCACUAAGAGUGCAGAAUGAAGGUUAUAAUAGCCUUGAUCUAUAAUCAAGGGGGUAACCCAAAAAAACAGAAUAAUCAGAAGGAAAUGAACAGGUAAGAAAACCCACGACAACCAAAAGGUCACCUGAGUACAUGAGGUAAGGCUACAAUAAUAUAAUCUUUAUUUAAGCCACAAUACAUGAAAGGACCUUACAUGGGAAUGGGGUAUAUUUAAUAAAUGCUUAUAAGUCUAUAAUAUACAGGAGGCUCAGAAAUAACUGAGCAUUCCUAAAUACAUAAGUAAGUACAGUACAAAAAAUGUGAAAAGGUAUAGUUGGGAAUAAACCCAUAUCCGAAGGCUUAAUGUCUGGACGGGGUAAUCGCCUCAGGAAACCUUAAGAACCCCAAUCCCUGCAACAACCUCUGCACACACCAAGGAGUAGUGCGCCUACAUAGAACUGAAAUAGGGUAUGGUAAAAAAAUGUUUAAGUGCUACCCAUAGUGAAAUUUAAAAGGAAAAACAAAGAAGCCCGAUGCAUGUUUUGGUGUAUGAGUACACCAUGGUUAGGGUAUGCUCUGUUAUUUCUGAGCCUCUUGACUGGAUGGCCCAUGUAUUCUAUAUAAGCAUUUAUUACAUAUACACCCAUCCCAUGUAUGGUCUUUUAAAAAAAUUUUUUUUUUUACCCAGUAAUUGGCAUGGAGGCUUCGUUGUGUGUGUGUGUGUGUGUGUGUGUGUGUGUGUGUAUAUACAUUUAGAUUAACAUCAUGGUUCAAUAGGGGACGCUGUUGAAUCUGAAUUCCAUUCUAAGCACGUAGGACAGUUUUGUACAUUUUAAAUGUAUUUAUGAUUCAAACACUAAAGGGCAGGUUGUGUGAGUUGAUUGGAUUAUGUUUUUUCUUAUAUUCAUUUGUUGCUUAAAGAUUUUUUUUUUUUAUUUUUUUUAUUCUUUUAGCCUUACCUUUUGGUUGUCAUGGGUUUUCUUGACUGUGUUUUUUUUUUUUUUUUGUCCUUUUGAUUGCAAAAAUGAUAUAACUCCAUUGAUACAAUUGCUAGCAAAUGCGCUAGCACAAUAUCUUCAUGUGAAAUAUUAGGAAGGAUGCAGUUUUGUAAAGUCACUCCCUGUUUUCGUUAUCCAUUGACCAUCAACAUUUACAAAAAAAGCUCCUGUAAAUGAAUGGGAACUGAGCUAAAUAUGUAAAAUAUAUAACACCACUAGUUUAGGUGUAGGCAUUUGCAUUAUCAAAAAGUAAUGAAACAAUACUAAUUUGUAGACGGUUGCACACUGCUUUUGUAAACGUUUGGAUUGAACUAGUUUUGUAUCAUUUUCCAGGACAUAUAUCUCCAGAAUCCCAACGUGAGAUGGGAUGAUAUCAUUGGUCUUGAUGCAGCCAAGAGACUGGUAAAAGAAGCAGUGGUCUAUCCUAUUAGGGUAAGAUCUUACAGCUUACAAAUAUUUUACUUUCCAUAUGCCAACAAAUUUAGUACUUUUAAUAUGUUUUUUUUAUUUAACAACAAGGUCUAUUCACCAUACCUGAAUUAUUAUUGUCAUUUAUAUUUAUAACACCAACGGAUUUCACAAAAUUAAGGACCGUUUAUAAAAAGGUUUACAACAUGUCAGUUUUACGGAAGGCUAUCCGGCUUUGGCUCAUAAACCCACAAUCUGAGGGAUAAGGCAUGGAUGAACGGCAAGGUAGAUGAGAAGUAGGCAGAUCUAACAUAUUUACCCUUUUUUAUUUUUCAUUAAUUCAUUGUUCACAGUGACUUUCUGUCUAACUUGUGGAGGAGACCGUUUAUCGAUUUGUAGUUUGUGAGUUCAAUUUGGUAGAACCUAAGUUACUUUAAUUGUUAAUGCUUACACAUGUUGUCUACAAGUGUGAUUUGGUAAAUAGGCCAACAGUUGUUAUAUGUAUACAUUGGAGAAGUAAUGGAAGAUCAAUAUAAGGUACCAUAAACAGUGGCACUAGAUUUAUACACAAUGCAGCUUUACCCUACAUUUUAUGAUAUAUUCCACUAGUGAUCAACCAAAGAAUAUUGUAUUCUUUUAUAUAACACCAACGUAUUUUGCAGCCUUUACAAUCAUAGAGAGGGCAUAUUUAGAGAUGAAGAAGGUCCUGCUCAAACAAGCUUACAAGAUAUGAAGUAGGCAGAUCGAUAUCGUUACUUGUUUUGGCCAAGGACCAUUACUGAUGAAGGUGUCUUAAAUUAGAUUUAAACUUGGAUUCCCAGUUCUAAAACAGUGAUAUCACCUCUGUUUUAACUAGCUGAUGUAUGAGAAUGAAAGCUGUACAAAGCAUAAUAAGAAAUAACUGGUAAUUUAACAUAACCUCACCAAAUCUAAACAUCAAAGGGGUGUUCUUGGCAAAUAGAGUAUAUGGUAAUUUCCUACUGAUUACUUACUUUGGCUAAAAGUCAUAUAUGCUCAUACACUGAUCAGCCACAAAAUUAACACCUUCUGCCUAAUGUAGGUCCCCUUGUGCUGCCAAAUGAGCUCUACUGUGUUGAAGCAUGGACUCCACUAGACCUAUGAACAUCUGCUGUUGUGUUUGAAACCAAGACAUUAGCAGCAGAUCUUUUAAGUCCUGCAAAGUGGGGACUCCAUGGAUCGGAUUUAUUGUUGCAGCACAUCCCACAGAUGCUCAAAUUGGAUUGACAUCUGGGGAAUCUGGAGGCCAAGGCAACUAUUUUUGAACACUUUUUUUGCAGUGUGGCAAGGUACAUCCACAUGAAUUACAGGACCCAAGGCUUCCCAGCAGAACAUUGCCCAGAGCAUAACCUCUGUCGGCCUGCCUUCUUCUCAUAGUUCAUUCUGCUUCCAUCUAUUCUCCAGGUGAAUGACACACAUGUACCCAGCCAUCCACCUGAUCUAAAAGAAAAUAUAACUGAUCAAACCAGACAAUCUUCUUUCAGUGAUGGUUGGUCCAGUUCUAAUGCUCAUGUCCCCAUUGAAGGCUCUUUCAGUGGUGGACAUCAUGGGCACUCUGACUGGUCUGUGACUGUGCAGCUCCACAAGAAGCAAACUGUGUUCUGACAUCUUUAUCAUGGCCAGCAUUACGUUUUUCAGCAAUUUGAGCUACAGUAGCUCUUCUGUGUGAUCAGACCAGACGGACUAGCAUUUGUGUCCUACGUGCAUCAAUGUGCCCCUUGGGCACCCAUGACCCUGACACCAGUCCACCGGUUGUCCUUCCUUGCACCACUAUUACGUAGGUACUAACCACUGCAUACCUGGAACAACCCACUUGCCGUUUUGGAGAUGCUCUUACCCAGUCAUCUACUCAUCACUAUUUGGCCCAUGGCAAAAUUAUUUAGAACUUUGCGCUUGGCCAGUUUUCCUGCUUACAACACAUGAAAUUCAAAAAAUGAUUGUUCACUUGCUGCCUAAUAUAUCCUACCCCUCGACAAGUGAGUUUUUUUUUUAUAUAUAUAUAUUUUUUUUUAUGUUGUGGAUGAUCAGUGUAUGGCUGUUUCUUUCUCCCCCCCACUCCCCCAAUGGAAUAGUUUAACCCCUUCAGGACGGGUGACGGACGAGGUCCGUCACAGAGGGGAGACCCUUAACGACGGGUGACGGACCUCGUCCGUCACGCGGUAAAAUUAACCCCGGAUCGCCGCUAUCGCGGCGAUCGCGGGGUUAAUGGUGCUCCCGGUAUGCCUCUGUAUUAGAGGCAUACCGGGAGCACCCGGUCAGGCUGCCCAGCACAUGUGCUCGCUCUGACCACAAGUCAGAGCGAGCACAUGUGCUCUGUAUACUCACCUACCGGCUCCCUGCACUUCCGGGUUCUGUGUGAAGUGCAGGGAGCCGGAUCAGUGAUGAUCCUGCCCCCUGCUGUUAAAAAAAUAAAGUUAAUUUAAAGUCCCCCCCCCUUACCCAUUUUAAUAAAAAAUUAACCCCUUCCCUGCCAAUUGAUCACUGACUACAGUGAUCAAUUGGCAGGGAUUACAUUUUACUAUGAUCUGAUUUUUUUUAUUUAACCCCUGAGGGUUAAUUUUUUUUUUUUUAACCCUCAGGGGUUAAAUUAAUUAAAUUAAUUAAUUAAAUUAUUUUUUAAUUAUAUAUUUAGCUAGCUGGGGUAGGUGGAAGUUAGUGGGGAAUUGGGGGAUUUGGCGUUAGGCUAACUAAAAAUUAAGCUUAAAAAAAUGUUUUAAUAACAUUUAAGUAAAAAAAAACAAAAAAAACACACUUUACCUAGUCCAAAUAAAAAUUAACCCCUUCCCUGCCAGUCGAUCACUGUCUACAGCGAUCAAAUAGAGAUCACAGUAUUAUACUGUGAUCUAAUUUUUUUUAACCCCUGAGGAUUAACUUUUAUUUAUUUUUUUAACCCUCAGGGGUUCAAUUUAUUUAAUUAAUUAAUUUAAAUAUUUUAUAACUAUAUAUUUUGCUAGCUGGGGUGGGUGGGAGUUAUGGGAAAAUGGGGAAUUUACUGUUAGUGCUGCGUACUGCUAGUUAGGGGUUAACGGUAAAAAAAAAAAGCUUAGAAAAAUGUUAAAUCUGUAAAAAAGUUUUAAGAAAGUUUAGGAAAGUUUAAAAAAAAUUUAUAAGCAAAACAAAAGUUUAAAAACUAGUUUUUAAAAGUAAAAAAGUUAUAAAAAGUAAAAAAAUACAUUUUAAAAACGCUCAUUACCACUACACCUGGAACAAACUAGAGAAAAAAUUAUCCCACGCCAAGGUUCAAAAUAUGCCUUCUGAAUUACCCCAGGGUGUAUUCUUUAAUAAAUAGUAUGUGUUUGUGGGGAAGCUUCAAUAACCAACCGUCUAAACUACUCCAAAUUGGAACAUGGACACAGCGUAAAACUUCAAAGUUAGAAAAAAACUGAAUGGCUGCGUCUCAAAUGCGCCCCUUCAGCAUCCACAUAUACCUGGCAAAGGUACAUACGGGGGUAUUGCUGUACUCAGCCGACAUAGCUGAGCAACAUAUGAAGUAUUAUACAGUCAUAGCACACAUAAGGUUUGCAAAAUAUGCUGCGCAAACUCACUUUGUAUGUCAAAAAGGCAGAAAAAAUGCUUAUUACCACUACACUUGGUACAAGCUAGCGGAAAAAUGAUCCCACGCUAAGGUUCAAAAUAUGCCUUUUGAAAUACCCUGGGAUGUCUUCUUUAAGAAAUGGUAUGGCUUUAUGGGGAAUUUGGAUUAUAUAGCCUGGUAAAAUACUCUAAAAUGGGACAUAGGCACAGCAUAAAAAUUCAAAGUUUGAAAAAAACUGGAAUGGCUGUGUCCCAAAUGUGCCCCUCUGAUGUCCACACAUACCUGGCAAAGGUACAUACGGGGGUAUUGCUGUACUCAGCCGACAUAGCUGAGCAACAUAUGAAGUAUUAUACAGUCGUAGCACACAUAAGGUUUGCAAAAUAUACUGUGCAAACUCACUUUGUAUGUCAAAAAGGCAGAAAAAACGCUUAUUACCACUACAUCUGGUACAAGCUAGCGGAAAAAUGAUCCCACGCUAAGGUUCAAACUAUACCUUUUGAAACACCCUGGGGUGUCUACUUUAAGAAAUGGUAGGCCUUUGUGGGGUAGUUUGAAUUUAAAACCUGCGAAGAUGCUUGGAAAUUGCACAUAGGCCCAGCGUCAAAAUUCAAAGUUUGGUAAAAACGGAUAUGGCUUGGUCUCCUAUAUGGCACUGUAGCUUCACAAAAUAGUGACAAAGACAUUCAUUGGGGGUGUAUUUUUACUCAAAAGACUUAGCUGAGCAUAAUUUGGGAGGUUUGAACUUAGUGGCACAUAUGAAAUAUACAAAACGCCCAGCAAAAAUGCAAUCCAUAUGUAAAAAAUGCACAAAAUAAUUUUUUUACCACAUACUUUGGCAUAUAUUGGUGAAAAAAUGGGGGUAUGUUAAGGCACAAUAUGCACCUUAUAAGAUACCCUGGAGUGUCUACUUUUACAAAUGGUAGGCCUUUGUGGGGGUUUUUUGAACAGUCAAACUGUUAUAAUACCCCAAAUGGAAGCUAAGGCUCAUUAAAUCCAUCUCUCAAAAUUCUACUGUGAAUACUGUAAAGGACAGGUCUCCUAUAUGGCACUGUAGCUUCACGAAAUAGUGCCAAAGACAUUCAUAUGGGGUGUCAUUUUACUCAGAAGACUUAGCUGAGCAUAAUUUGGGGGGUUUGAACUUAGUGGCACAUAUGAAAUAUACAAAACGCCCAGCAAAAAUGCAAUCCGUGGACCGGCAGGGGAUAUCCCGGUCCUCGUGGGGGAAGAAUACCCCCAAAGCGAGACAAGGCCAAGCAACAACACUAACAGGAAAACGAGGCUGUCGAGGCCCAAGCAAGAUGGCGCCACAAGCAUAACCCGUGACUAAAAGCCUCCCUGUUAAACCACCUGACUGCACGCUGGAAUUCUAUAACCGGCUCUGCACCGGUCUAUGGACCAAGUUCUGCACCAGGGGAUGGCUCUACAAGCAGGCGACAAAAGAAGCGGCUGCGUGGAUUCGCCCUGCCACUCGGUGCCAAAUGAGCAGAGACCCACCCCGAGCCCCCAGAGAGGCCCGCAGACGGAGACGAGGUGUAAGAUCAGGGCGGCAGGAAACGAAGACAUACCUGUCGGACACCAACACUAGCCCUCGUGCAAGCCAACACGGGACUCUAAAGUACGCCCGUCCCACUCACCGCUCCGCGACACCCAAAGCCCUCAACCAACGGAGUACAUCCCCGCUUCUACAGACUUCCGAUGAAAGCAGCGAGGACAAACGGCAUUCAGGGCGGGUGCGUACAGGGGACAGAACCGUAUGGAGAGCCUCCCUGGGAGAUGGAACCCCAUCAAACCACCCACCCUACCACCGUCCCCAACCCACAUGCCAAAUUCUCCGAGCCGGCAUCGGCUGACUGAGAUGGAUCUACCCAGAGAUAGACUGUGUCCCUGCAGGCCCAAAUGUAGAGACACUGCAAGAUUCCCUCACACAGUCUAUGUCAAAGUGCGAUUAUUAGUAGAUCCUGGGACUGCAGCUAUAAGGACUCUCUUCACCGCAGCUGAGCACGGUUCCUAAUUAAUACAUAUGUUUUGCAUGCCCUGCUUUGUUGUUCCACGGAGCUCUGUUUUGACUAACCGCUGUCCCAUUUCGGCAGUCUUAUACAUGCAUUGCCAGUUUCUUAGAGAGGGGAAAGUACUUUAUUGUUAUUACUAAUUUGACACUCCAGUGUACUACCCCGCUCACACUUAACUCCUUUAUCAGCUUGUCCCCAUCUCAAAUGUGUUUAAUUUUGUUAUUCUUCCUUGUAUCUUGAUAACUAGCAUGUACAGCAUCUAAUAAGCCGCAGCUCAGAUAGCUUGUUACUCACUAAUCUCAUAACGACAUACCAGCCAGCCGAACAACCUACUUGUUUAUUAAUUGUUUAUUGUAAACGCGCAAGUCACACCAGCAAGUUUUAAACCACACACUCGCAUACCUACUCAUGUCUAUACAACCCACAUCAACCAUGUCUUAAGUUUCGCUAUAUACCCUAGACAUCUUUGAAUACCAUGUGACCUAGCUGCUACUACAAAAAGAAAAAUGUGUGCAGUGACCUACUAUGCCCUAUAUGUGUUCAUUUAUGUAUUUGCCAAUCUUGUACUUGCUGUUGGGGCAACGCAAGCGCCUGUAUCAUUUGUUUGCACCACAAAAAUAAAGAAUUAAAAAAAAAAAAAAUGCAAUCCGUAUGUAAAAAAUGCACAAAAUUAUUUUUUACCACAUACUUUGGCAUAUAUUGGUGAAAAAAUGGGGGCAUGUUAAGGCACAAUAUGCACCUUAUAAGAUACCCUGGAGUGUCUACUUUUACAAAUGGUAGGCCUUUGUGGGGUUUUUUUGAACAGUCAAACUGUUAUAAUACCCCAAAUGGAAGCUAAGGCUCAUUAAAUCCAUCUCUCAAAAUUCUACUGUGAAUACUGAAAAGGACAGGUAUCCUGUAUGGCACUGUAACUUCACGAAAUAGUGCAAAAGACAUACAAUGGGGUGUCAUUUUACUCAGCAGAUGUAACUGAACACAAAAUAAAACUUUGUACAGGAAUAGCACACACCAACUUUACAAAAUAUACACGAGAAUUUCUCUGUUAUAAGUUUGUGUGCCAAAAACCAAAAAGAACACAAUUUUACUCCAAUAUUUAGCAGAGGUUGGCGGUGAAAUGGCUACGUAGAAAGUGUCAAAACAACCUUAGGUAAAUAGCCCGUGAUGUCUACUUUAUAUAAAUAUAUACUUUUGUGUGGCAAUUUUGUUUUCUUUUAUGGCUAUUAAGCUUACAAGACAAACAUACCAAAUUCUAAAAUCGCUCCACAUUAAAAGUUUAUUUUACUCCUUGUGCUUUGUGACCUGUAACUACCAAAAAAAAACUUAAAAUCCCAGACACAUUAUAUAUUCUGUAAAUCAGAACAAAUAAAUUUAUUUUUAAUUACUUUCCUUAACCUGCACUAAUUAUGCACACAUUAUUAUUGCAAAAACUGUAAAAAAAAACAAUAUUUUUAAUUUUUUUUGCAUUUUUCUGUAUUUUUUUUAUAAUAAGUAAGCAUUUAUAUAUAUAUAUAUAUAUAUAUAUAUAUAUAUAUAUAUAUAUAUAUAUAUAUAUAUAUAUAUAUAUAUAUAUAUAUAUAUAUAUAUAUAUGUUAUAUCAAAUUAAAGCCCUUUCUGUCCUUUAAAAAACAGUAUAUAAUAUGUGUCGGUGCAAUAAAUGAGAGAGAUGCAAAUUGCAGUUGAACGCAAACAGCAAGAAAAUGCAAAAAUUGCUUGUGUCAUUAAGCGUAAGUCAAGCUUCUGAAGCUGUGUCCUUAAGGGGUUAAUAUACUUCCGAUUUAUUUAUUUAUUUUUUUAUUUAUUUGAUAGUUACCCGUUUUCUUCCUUCUAUAGUAAUUAAUUACAAAAUGUUUUUGUUUUUUUCCCACGUAUCUGUAUGAUAGAGGUGCCACAAUGGUGGAGAUUUACAAAGUUUCCUUUGUCGGGAAGGUGGGGCAAAAUUCUAAAAAUAAAGAGUAUGGUGAUAGUUCUGAUUUUAGACGUUUGCCCCACUUUUAUUUUAUAUAUCUACAGUAAUUAGGAUUUUCAAUUAGAUGACUUCACUUUCUGUUGAGAAAAAUAAGAAUACAGACCUCUCCAUUGACUUGGGGGUUGCUACUCAUGAUGUGUAUCCUAAUGUUAAACAAUGGCUACAGUUAUUCAUUCAGUUCUACAAUACUCAUGGAUUUUACAUUUGCCUCAAUGGAAUUAAAGGAUAACUCAUUAUUUUUUUAAAUAUCUUAAUAUAAUCUAUAUGUUUAAAAAUGUCAACAUACAUGAAUAAAUGAAAACAAAUAAAAAAUAUAUAAUUUAUUUUAAAGAAAUCACUUUCUGCCUCUCCCACUCCCCCUUUCUGACUGCCAUCUUUAAGCACCUUGUGUCAGAUUGUCCGUAAUCCCAGUGAGAACCCACUGUUUUGCAGCAGUCUGUUCUACAUAAUGAUUUCAAUAUACAUGAAUUAAAAAAAGUAUUAGAUGGAAAAUUAGAACAUAUGGAUUGCAUUUGUUUUACCAGUAGUUAUCCUUUAACACUUCUCAACCCAGCUAUGUAUUUUAAUAUAACAGAAAGAUGACUUGACAGCCAAUAGGAACCUGCUGGCAAAUCCAAGUUGGCCGUUUUCCUCAUUAUAAAGCUGCUGACGUGAUAUUUUUGAUCUUGGCUCAAUGAAUUUUUUUUAUUUUGAUAUGUUUUCUCCUAUUACUAUCACUGGAAAGUCAUUCCACUCCUCUAUCCCCAUCUCCAAAAUACCCAUUAUUGCUAUUUUAUUUUUUAUUUUUUGUCCAUUUGCUUUUUUUUUUUUUUUAUCAAACAGUUCAGGAGGAAGAUUUUCAUAAAUGAGCCAGUGAAGUAUACAUUGCAUUGUGUAAAAAUUAUUAAUUUGAUACAUCUCCCCAACAGUACCCACAGCUGUUCACUGGAAUCCUCUCUCCUUGGAAAGGACUGUUACUGUAUGGACCUCCAGGUAAGUGUCCUUGCUACUGUUUGGCUGUUGUUCUGUUAUCUCAAUAUGACAUUUAGCUUCUUUGUUUGCUGGAAGAGUUUUGAUUAAACGUUUGAGAUGGUGCCUCUUACCACUGAUAAUUUAAUAGGUUACUUUAACCUUUAGUGGGGGUGGGGGGGAUCCCCUUGAAUUUAGCGCUGGGCAAAGCUCCUGAGUUAUGCUCUCCCUGCCACAUCACGGGUGAUAGAGAAUCCUGUGAUUAUACCUACUGCUGGCUCAGAGCUCAUGUGUGUGCUCUGGGCCAGUGAGGGAGGGAUUUUUUUUUUUUUUUUUUUUUAUAACUGAGGGAGGCGGGAGGGCGAGAGAGUAAAUCUAUCUUAAAGAUUUUUACAUCUGUUGUCAGCGAGCAGUGCAAACUGACAACAGAUGUAAACUAUGCACAGAAUUCACAUUAGGUAGCCAGGAGUCCUGUGUGCAACUAGCCCCCAGCACACAAGUGCAAAUAACACAGUAUGUGCAGGGCAUCAAGCUGAAACAGUGUAUACUCCUACCAUGAUCACUUCAAAUCACUGCAGGUGGUCAUGGUAGUUGGAGAGUUAGAAAGGCAGUCUGCUCUCAUUUUCUCUCUUUCCUUCUUUAUCAAAUCCGCUUUCUUGCCAUGGUAAAGUAGAUAUGUGACGUGAAGGGGAUUAUGGGAUUUUAUUUUUUAUUUUUUUUCAUGCUCUGUAAAGAUUUAUAUAGUAUGGCAGUAAGUGGAGACUUUCAGUCUGUUUAGAGAGUUAUAUUACAUGUAGUGAUGUAGUCCGCUUCAUGCUGUUGCUGUGUAUUCAUCUUCUGCAAAGAUUUUAAUUGGCCUUCCUCAUUGAUGGAGCUUAAUGUAGGCAUCGGAAAGAUUAACUUCAGAAAUAGUUAGUUUCUCUCACUGGAGCAUGCUAUGCACGACUCAUCCUCUAUGACUCUGUGCUCUCACUGUUGACACAAUCUGGGGUCUCUUUUUCCCUCAGUGAGCAGGUAUUCCUCCAAUCUCACACCUCUGUUACUAAACAAAUCGGAAUGACUGUAAUCCCAAGACACACUUAGCAACUAUUCGUUCCCUAAAAUAGAUUCUCCUUUAUUCCCCACAUAUGGGUCAAAAUCAUCAACAUACAGUAUAGAAGGCUCCUAUUAAAUGGGCCAGUAGCAGUCAGUAUCAGUGGGGUAUUUAGUCCAAUUGGUUCAGCCAUUUACCAAGACACAAAGUAACAAGAGUUACUUAAUAUUCUGCUACCAAGAGGAAAAAACAACAAUUUCAAGUAAUCCCUAUUAAAUAUCCAUAAAGGAUAAAUUAAUGAAAAUGAGUUUAGAAAACAAACUUUGUGUAUUGAGAUCAGCCCUGCUUUUAGGUACCAUGAAAAUGACAUGUUCAAUGAAGAAAAAUGCUCACACUGGACUUGCAACACCUCAAACUUCUUUUGAAUUAAAUUCAUUUAACUCUGAUCUUUGCUCUUCCCACCCAUGGUCCACGAAACCCAAUAAAAUAUAUAUAAAAAAAAACUAGUAAUAUUAAUGCAAAUAUAAAUCUUACAUCUGACCUGUAUUGACUUCACAUGUCCUUAACAAUCAUGCAAUAACUAUUCCACACUAAACUCUUGAGUCCAUAGCCCAUGGUGGUAGCGUAAAAAUUCUGUGUAUAAUACAACGCACGCUAUAUGUAAGAUCUUGGCAUACAGUUAAGCCAACGACAACUACUUCAGAGGCAGUCUUAGCACUGCUAUAUAAACAGUGCAAUAUCUCUAAAAUGUCAAUGUUUUAUAUAGCAGAGCUAAUGGGGGCAUUGGAUCCAGACCACUUCAAUGCGAUGAAGUGAUCUGGGUGCCUGUUGUGUCUCUUUAAGGACACCAUUCACCCCCAGAUGUGUACCUGACAUAGUACCAAUCACACAUCUCCUCCUGAGUCUAUCCUCCAUGACUGAUCAUGGAAGUGUGCAUGUGCAGUAUGAUACUUUUUAUACUAUCCAGUUGGGGAUGCUAUUGCAGUGACUGAAUACUUGGAUAAUAUCUUUAGAGGUAGAUGUUCGUAGUGGUAGACUGCCUGACAUGGGCCUGAGGUUGGAAACCAGUUUGAAUUUUUUUUGGCAGCAAAUAUCUGCCAGCUGUUCGUCAUAAUAAUAAUAUCUUACAUGUAAUAUUGUAAUACUAGAAUCCAGUUCAUAGACUUGGAUUAAAUACUGGAACUUUGUCAUCCGAGCCUGGUUGUCCACUUUUCUCUGUCAUACACUGUUUGCAUGCUGUUUGGAGUUUUAAAGUGACAGUAACGAAUUUAAAGGAACUGACUUUAAAUUAAACAGAGUACUGCCUCUCUUUAACCCCUAAGUCUUCACACUGUUGGUAGCUUUUCCAGGUAACCCAUAGAUGAUCAUUUCUUACUAUAGGUUCCACAUUCUCAUCAAACGUGCUAUUUCCAGUGAGUUUCACAUCUGUUUCUGAGUUCUGUCCUGCUGUACAUUUUAGUAAAUGAGGCUAUUCCGUAAAAUCGCAGGUACAUAUUGUUCUACACAUGCUAAGCUAGUGCAACCUAUUUCUUGCUGCAUCUGUAGAUUAGGUCAAGUAGGACCUAUAGGGCAGAUGUAAUUCGCUCAGAAUUGAGUCAUCAAGAGGUUUUAAAGUGUAAAUUGUUUUAUAUACUCGGUGAUAUGUGGUUAACACCUAUUCUUGUGUUUAUGGUUAUUGACAGGUACUGGUAAAACAUUGCUGGCAAAGGCUGUGGCCACAGAAUGCAACACAACCUUCUUCAAUAUUUCAGCUUCUACCAUUGUCAGCAAAUGGAGAGGAGAUUCUGAGAAGCUGGUGCGGGUAUGACAAUAUCUUCCAUCAUAACUUAAGGGGUUAAUCAGACCCAGGGGGUAUUAAGGCCAGGGGAUAAUACUAAAGGUCCAAUGCCUAAUAAGACAAGUGGUGAUUUCCUGUACAUAGGAUGUGUCCAAGGUGAGUACAAUCACCUUGUCAAUGCAUCAUUUGUUUAAUAUAAAUAACCACCACUAACUUCCAUCUGUCGCCUACUCAUUCCCCAAAUCUAAGGAAGAAAUCUACAAUUCUUAUCUACCCUCACCUCUAGAAUAAUAAAUGUAAUCAUUCAUAGUAAUCCUGAUUGUCUAACGAUGUCACUGAACGCAAACAAGUCGUCGUCUUCUGCCCAUUGUAACAAACCUCAUUAAUAAAAGCUCCAAAUUAAGUAAAAAAACAAAGCAAAAACUGCAGCUCCUUUGGUUUAGUGAUAAAAACAGGGCUCUCCUCAAAAGAGGCUGUAUUGCACUCCUACAUCAUACAUCGGAACCUCCUUCAUUGCACUUUUUUUUUUCUUCUAGCCAAUCACAAUGCAGCAAUAGGUAUUUGCUGACUCUAUAUAAGAGUAGAUAUAUUGAUCUCACCCUUAACUUAGCUACCAGCCAACCCACCACUACCUCUACCCACACUUGAAAUUAUUUUAUUCUUCCUAUACAAAUAGAUAUUUCCAUUAAAGCAAAUCCUUUUAUAUGUAAAAGCCAAGCAUGUUGAAAUGAAAGUAACUAUCACAUGCUCAUUGGCUAACCUGUUAUUGUAUAUCAUUUUUGCAGUACCCUGUCUUUGAGAUGCAUUUUUUAUUAAUUUGACUCCAUAAUGUAGAUGUUAGAGAGCUGAGCACAGUUAUUGAUGCCUUUUAACUGGACCAAUAUAGUCUCCUGGAAAUUAGAAAAAGGGAUUCAUUUUUUAGUUUUUUUUUUUUUUUUUUUGACAGGUACUCUUUGAACUUGCCAGAUACCAUGCCCCGUCCACGAUUUUCUUGGAUGAACUGGAAUCUGUGAUGAGCCAGAGAGGGACAGGUCCUGGGUAAGCUUGGCCAAAUCUGUGGUUUUAUUUUAUAUUUAAUAUUUAAUAUUUGAUGUUUUAAAUUUUUUUGUGUUUUGUUUUUUUGCAAUAUGAACAGGUUAAGCUAGCCGACUUCAUCUUCUUAAAAUAUUUGUAGAUCAAGGACAUUUUGAAAUCACUUCUAAUGUUUUUAUAAGUUUACAAACAUACAUAUCUAGCCUUUCUAAUGCUUUUGAAUUGUCCAUUCCCCAGUCAUGUGGUCAAACGUCUCCUCCUGCAAUUGUAUUUUUUCUUAAAAGCUGAUUGAUAACAAGGGUUUUCUUGUCCCCACUCCUUGUGUGGUUAAUGUAAGCAGCUGGCCAGCUUGCCUAUGCUAGUGGCUCUAUUUCAACCUUUUGCAUCACAUUUUAAAGAAUGAUCGGCAAUAGAGCAAUAUGAUUGGCUAUAACAAUUCACUGACGUUUAGCGUGUCUGAUUGGCUUUAGUUCAGUGUCCAAUUCAUACUACAGGAAAUCAGUCGGGAGUGGACACAGAACUCAAAAUUCAAGAACAUCCAAAUAAUUUGCCUUGCUGUCCAUAGGGAAAACAAUUGGCAAUAAUGAUUCUUUACUAGUGCAUGCUUCUUUCUAAGAUGUCAAAUACUGAAGGCUAUUUAUCUAUUUAGUUUCUCAUUAGGUUUUUAAUCCGUAUUAUGUAACUGCCUACAUCAACCAUAACCACUGGCAGUGAUGUAAAAAAACAAAACAUUUCUCUAUAUCCCGGUAGAGGUGAACAUGAAGGAAGUCGGCGGAUGAAGACUGAAUUACUGGUACAGAUGGAUGGCUUGUCUCGAUCUGAUGAUCUUGUAUUUGUUUUAGCCGCAUCCAAUCUGCCAUGGUAAGAGAUCAAGACUGCGCUUUGUGACUACAUGUCUAUGAUCCUCUAAGCACAGAUAAAGAUUUUAUUUAGAACACAGGAGAAAUGGCCUUCAUUUCGGGUUAAAUUGUUUAAAGAUUAAUUGUGAACUCUCUACUUUUGAGAGCUUGGGUUCUUUAUUUUUUUUUCUCUCCUCACAGUCAUGAAAAUAAUCUUUCAUAAACACAAAGCUACCAUAUGCUAAUAUUUAAAAUGUACUCUGAGUUUUAUACCCAAGUUAUUUACUAUGGUUUAGCUAAGAAGGAUUUGAACUUUCAAGUAUCGAGUGCUUAAAGCUCCCACUGCUUGUACAUACAGUGAUGCUGCCGUGUGCUGUAAUCUGAUUUAAGUGUAAGUGUGCAUGUGAGAAAGAUGGCUGAUCUUCUACUGCUGCGGAUAAGAACUGAUUUGCUCUCUGACCUCGCUGAUCUCUCUCUAAUCUUUCGUGGUAUGAAUAGGACUUACAAAAGAAAGCAUAAUGCAAAGUGUUUAAAAGUCCUUUUACAUUGCAAGCCCAAGUGAUCAGGGCUUUCCACACAUCUGUUUCUCUGUGUUUAAUUCAUCUUAACCCCCUCUUUGCCAAAGCCAUAAUAGUGAAAUUGUUUCAAUGUGUUUUAGUCCACUUUAACCAUUUGUAUGUUAAAUAUUAAGUUCAUCUGUUCGAUGCUACAGAAAUGAGCAUUGCAAUUUCCGAAUUUCUGACCUGAAUGACUCACUGUUAAUAAGAAAUGUUUUCUGUAUUAGGGAGCUAGACUAUGCCAUGCUAAGGCGUCUAGAGAAGCGGAUCCUGGUGGAUCUUCCCAGCAAGGAAGCAAGACAGGUGAUGAUCCAGCACUGGCUGCCUCCGGUCAGUAACUCUGGAGGAGUAGAACUGAGAACUAACCUGGAUUACAAUGUACUGGGAGAGGUAAGUGCAUCAUUUUAUGCUGUCACAAAUCAGCAUCAGUGGUGUAAUACAUUGGGCCCCACAGAUUACAAAUGCAUUAUUGCCAAAAGUGUUACAUUUUAAGAGGCUGUUUCAACUUCGGUCCCUGUCUCACCUUCUGGGUAGCAGCACAAUCACAAGAAUUCCAGGGCAUACUCGUCCAUUUAUGAUAAUUUCAGCACACACAGCAACCUUCUAGCAGUACGAAUUGCUGGGAUACUUUGCACUGUGUAGUCCACUCUGCUGCCUCAUUCCUUCAGAUUCCAGUUGGCACUGCCCUCAGGAGCGACAGAUACGUGAAUGAGCCAGGGAGCCCGCAGAGGAUGCAGGUUGCUGAAAUGUAACUGCUUUGACUGCCUCCAGUUACUAUAUAAUCUAAAAGUACCUGGCCUUGGAGCCCUCUCAUGUCAGUUGUCCUUAACACUAUAAUAUGAGACCUAUUCACCCACUAAUAUCAGGACAGGCGACAACCUCAGUGCUCAAUCCAAUACCUUUUAAAUAUCGAAUGUUAAAUGUGGAAUGUUUCAUUCUUGUGAUCACGCCAAUAGGAAUAUGACAAAAUGCAGCUUGCCUCAUAGAAUUUUUUAUUUUUUAUCAGGAGACUGAUGGUUACUCUGGAUCUGACAUUAAAUUGGUUUGUAAAGAAGCCGCAAUGAGACCGGUGAGAAAAAUCUUUGAUGCGCUUGAAAAUCACCAGCCAGGUAUUUAUGACACUUACUUCUGUGUAAAAUUAGAGCCGUAAACUCUAAAAAUUGCACUGUGUUGUCCCAUAUGUUACACAGUUCUGUGUUGUAUUAACUAAUUAAGGAGUUGUGGUGAGCCAGCAACUAACCUGCAAAAUGCAGAAUUAUAUAGCCAAGCUGGGUGAACAAAUAAAAUAUUCAACUCUGCUGAAUCGGGAAAUACGUAAUAAAGUUAUGUCAACAUUCUGAGUUUAUAAAUAUGUUCUCACUUCAACAAAAUUGACCUGGGCAACCUGGGUGCCCUGUUUGAUUGCUUAAUAGAGGUCUCCCAGUGAGUUUCCUAAAUCAUAAAUUCAGUCUCUUGAAAAUAAUCUUGUGCAUAAAUGGUGAGUUCUGAGUCUCCUGCAGGGUGGAGCACGUUUUGUAGAUUAUGUAGAAGCACACCCUUUGUCCGUUGAACUGAACCUACUCCUUUAAAAUUUCUAAGACCCUCCAGUGCUGGUAGUGGAUCACGGAGUUAUAGCUUGUCAACUACGGAGACCUAGGUAUCUGAUAACUCACUCGUAAAAUUUAGGGUAGAAACAAUAGCAGAGUCUGAAAAACAGAGCAUUGUUCCAACUAUGCUAUUAUAAUUAAAUGGUCUUGCAUAGCAAGACCACUUACUGUUAUUUCACAUAUAUAUUAUUAUUCUAGCCACUAAACAUGUCCACGGCUAAGCCAUAGUCCUGAUAGUUUUCACAAUAUGACCAUUUGUUUGCAACUCACGCAGUCCAUUGACAUUCAUUGAAACUCCACUCUAGCCAGCUCAAAUUUGAAGUGCAAUUUCUAAACUGUGACUGUGCCUUCAUUUUUAAUAUUUCAGAGACAUACUAUGCAUCAAAAUGUAGGGUUGGAGCAGCAAGUGAUGUCAUAGACAGGGCCUUUUGUACACCUGCUAAUGUUUUUAUAAAUGUAUGUUUUAAUGUAACUGUGAAGCACUUUGGGCACCAACAUUGCAAUUAAAUGUGCUAUAUAAAUAAAUAAAAGUUGAAAUGCAUUUCUCACUCUACCAAUAUCAGCAAUAUCGGUAUCUUUAGUGGCUGAUACCGAUAUUGCCGAAAAUACAGAAUAUCGGCCGAUUUCAGUAAAACCGAUAAUUGCUCGAUCCCUAGUUGUAAACUACUGGUGGAGGCAAGAACACUUCACACAAUUUCCCCAGAAAUUGUAGCUUUUCUAGUCUUACAUUUACCACUGCAUCACAAGAAUAAAAUUAGACCAAUUUACUCACUAGAAAUUCAGAAACAAAUUUAAAGUGUAGGGCCAACAUGGAACAAAAAAAAAAAAAAAAACCCUUUAUAGAACCGGCAUCCGCCACAAAGUCUAUUUCACCAAGCCCAGUGAGUUAAAACAAUUUUGUUAUUCUCCUACUUGUAGGCUUGUUAAGUAUUUUCAGUGAUAGAACACAGUAAAAUAUCUCCAAUAAUAUAACGCUCCGUUUAAAAUAUCUCCAGCAAUAUAACACCUGGUACAGAUAACAUAGAAGCACUGUGUACGCGUUGCAAAUUUACUAAACAUUUCCGGUUGUGUUUCACUUUCAAUCCUUCAUUUCUUCUUUUAGGUAAAAAAGAUUUGCCAGUUAUACACUUGGAUACAGUCACUACAUCUGACUUCCUGGAAGUUAUAGCCCACACCAAGCCUUCUGCAAAGAACUUAACCCAAAAAUACACAGCCUGGCAAAAGGAGUUUGAAUCUGUGUGAGGCCUUGUUACUAAACCUUGAAACCAUAAUGAAUCAACUGCCUCUUACAAAACGUCUACUGGCGCCUGGACACUUCUAACUGAAGAUAAUAUCAUGCUGUAUGGAAAUAAUAUUAAAAACAAACAAACCAGUGUUUAGAUUGUGACAUGCUCGGUAUGAUUAUUUAUUCACUGGAAAAAACGACAACUUAAAUUAAUAAAAUUUUUAUAUAUUUUUUUUCAUAAGAAUUGCCUGGUAAAUAGAAAAAGAAUUUAAAACCAGUCCCAAUCUCCAGAUGUGGAUCCUGUGCCCACUGUGGGUAUCCACUACAACUCACUGAUGAGGCUUAGAGAAGGUUGAAACGAUGGUCUGAGGUUGCUGUGUCUCCAGGUCAUAGAAAACUUGCGGGCAUUUUGGUUCUGGAGUGCCUUUAUGGGUAGGGUCACCCUGAUCUGCAAAUGGUAUAGGUUCUCUUUGUAAUAGCACAAGUGAGCAAAAAUAUCCCCUGAGCAGGGAUUUCAAAAGGGCAAACUAUUUUCUCUUAGCUUUUGUCCGUUCUGAGACUGAUGUUCUGUUUUUGUUGCAGUCCCAAUCUCCUCCUUUUUUCUGGAAAGCAGUGUCUGCCCUAAACCAAUGCCAUAGAAACAACAAACUCAAAUGCAAACUGUUAAUUUAUCUCACUUUACCUUUUAUUCAUGUACUGUGUCACAUCACCAAUGCAUUACAGCUCUGCCCCCCCAAACAUUCUUCAAAUCAAAAUGUGUAAUUUUUUUUAUUUUUUUUUAAACAUAGCAGUUCAAUCAGCCUGUUCCCUUACUAAUUUAGCAAUCGGUAUACUAUGAGGAGUCCAAUAAAUACUAGAAUAAACUGAAUCUGUAGUCCAUGAGGUUAUUGGAUGUUUAAAGCAGGUCAUUUAGUAUAUGAUCUACAGCUUGAGGAAAGCUUUCACAUGUCCGGUAGGGACCGGGCUGAAUUUUAUCUUCAUCUCCUGGCCUGUAUUUUCCUGUUUUGACAAUGAAGAAAAAGGGAAAUUAGUUGGUUUUUAUCAUC